AUGGAUGACCCUUUCAGACCACCACAUUCUCACUUUUAUUCCGGUGGUUCCACCAGAAGCGGUUCCAGUGGUUCAACCAGCAAAAGAAAGAUUACCGAAUCAGAAGAAGAAGAUGUCGACAUUACCGGUCUUUCUACACCAACCAAACGUCAUCAAACCGAAUCAUCGUGGACCCGAAAAGAAACCGAAGAUACCGCCGCCACCACCACCACCACCACCAGUAUUUCACGUCGAUGGAAUGAACAAACCAGACCCAGUCCUUGUCCAUGGAGGAGAGAAGAGAUUAAUCUUUUGAAGGGCAUUCUUGACUUUUAUCACACUAAUGGGAGAUACCCAUAUCCUGACUCUAAUGACCUGCAAAAUUUCUUCAUAAAUUGGGUCCAAGAACGUGGGUUUUAUCGCGAUGCUAUGGAUUUGAACAGAAAAAUGGAGAGUUUGAACCUAAGAUUCUUGACGAAUACGGAGAAGAAAUCGAAUGGUGAAGAUAUUGAAGCUAAUAUGGAUCCUACUGAGAGAGAAAUCUUCCGAUUAUCAAAUAGGGUUUGGGGUAGAGAAAACGAUGAUGAUGCGAUGAUGGUGGAUUUGAUCCAAAUGAUGUAA